AAAUCCGGUCGCUGUGUGAUUAGUUGUGGAGUUGUUGAUAGCACGUUAUGGGUAGACAGUUGUUUAUUUUGUAUGAUUAUCAGCAGCUACAUGUAGCUCAGUGCAGGUACAUGUUAGAUACUUAUGCACAGGCAAAGUGUCUGCGUUGUAGAAAAAGUCCAGACGACACACUGAUAAAACUAGUCAUUAUCAGCGGUGUAGUGUGUAGUUAUGUGUGUGAUUUGAAGUUUGAUUGGGAGCAUUAAGUCUGUUACCAUAGCAGCAUUAUGUAGAGGAAUGACAUCUUUAAACAAGGAUUAUUUCAGCAUUUGGUUGAAUGCAGUUCAGAGAGAACAGAAGGAUAAGUUUUUCUAAUGGCUGGGAGACCAACUCUACAAGAAUUGGAGAACCUUACCCUUCAUCUACCCGGGGAAGAUGUAGGAACGCCUGGGAACGUCAGCCAGGUGUCCUCCGUGUCGGCCCACAGUCGCUGUCUACUCGUCAAGGGAAACACGCAGCGAGACGUUUAUAUUGCAAGUGGCCUGGAUUCCACCCAGGAAGAGGAUCCACGAUUUGGUAUUGGGAAAUGGAGACCAAAGUGUCUGCAGAGAUGCUGCAAUAUCAAGGCUUUUGUGGUGUGCAUGAGUGUACUACUGGCUGUCUCAGGAACUCUGUCCACUGGAUAUUUGAACAGUGUGUUAACGACAAUUGAAAAACGGUUUGAAAUUGGCAGUUCCAUUUCUGGACUUAUUGCAGCGUCCUAUGAAUUUGGAUCUUUGGUAGCUGUUGUUUUCAUCAGUUACUUGGGAGGGCGGCGUCACAUUCCAGUAUGGAUCGCAAGGGGGAUUUUUUUCAUGGGCCUUGGAGCAUUCCUGUUUACACUGCCACAUUUUAUUGCCGAAAAAUACACUGUGUAUCGGGGUAUAUCUGCCAAUAAUACAGAAGAAAACAUUUGCAAAAUUGACAGUGGAUCAUUGAUUGAUGGGUGUAUUGACAAUGACUCAGGGAAUUUGGUGUAUGUCAUGAUUCUGAUUUCUGCCCAGAUAAUGAUUGGAACUGGCAGUACCCCCAUCCUCACCCUUGGGACAACUUACGUUGACAAUCAUGUCCAUAAAGACAAAGCUCCAGCAUAUCUGGCUUUUAUAUAUGCCUCUGGAGUUUUGGGUCCUGUUCUGGGUUAUGGACUGGGGGCGCUGUUGUUACAGUAUUAUGUUGACAUGUUUAGCUUUGAGGUCAACAUUCGACCUGGUGACCCUGAAUGGAUAGGGGCCUGGUGGGGGGGAUUCAUCAUCUGUGGCACAUUCCUCAUGGUUCUAAUGUUUCCAUUCCUGUCCUUUCCGAGGACACUGGUGGCAGAGAAAGCUAAACUGUUAGAGUAUAAAUACAGCGAGGAUUUAUUGAAGACGGACAAAAAAGAGGACCAGCAAUCUAGGCACAGCAAUGAUUAUGGCAAAACUAUUAAAGACAUUCCCCGUUCCAUGCUGUCGUUGCUGAAGAACAAGGUGUACCUGGUUACCUGCUUUGGUAUCUGUUGUGAGAUUGCAAUUGUCAGUGGGUUUGUGGUCUUUCUACCUAAAUACCUGGAGACACAGUUUGGAACAUCCACCUCAAUGGCCAAUCUGUUUACUGGUGCUAUUGGCAUCCCCGGAGCAGUAAUUGGUAUUUUGAUUGGAGGAUUUCUUCUGAAGAGGUUCCAAUUGAAACCCAAAGGAGCCAUUCAGUUGACGCUGUUGUUAGAUUCCAUGGCUCUGCUUGGUUUUCUAUCCUUUCUGGUGUUGGGUUGUGAGAAUCCUAAAAUAGCUGGCGCUACAUUUCCAUAUCAGGCUUCUAUUAACAUGAACAGUUCGGAGUUACAGGAAUUUGAAAUAGAGGCUAAUCUGACCUCCACUUGUAACAUUGAUUGUUCAUGUUCCAACAAUGACCUUGAGCCAAUUUGCGGCAUUAAUGGCAUCACCUACUUUUCGCCCUGCCAUGCUGGUUGUACCCAGUUCUUCUCUCACAUCACCACAGAGGAAAAGAUGGUGAAUUUCAGUGGUUGUUCCUGUAUCAUGGAGAACUCCAGUAUUUCCCCUGAAGUGAUCAUGUCUCCUGUGGCAACCAGUGGACCGUGUAAAUCCUCGUGUCAGAACCUCCUACCAUUCCUAAUUCUUCUAGUGAUCCUUACUUUUACUGUGGCUGGCACACAGAUGCCCCUUCUCAUGAUAACACUCAGGUCAGUUCAUGAAGAGGAGAGAUGCUUUGCCCUUGGUCUUCAGUUUGUAAUACUGAGACUAUUCGCAUACAUCCCCUCACCUAUCAUGUUUGGGAACACCAUUGACACAGCGUGUCUACUCUGGAGAGACUGGUGUGGAAGUUCUGGGUCGUGUUCAAUAUACGAUAUUGUGCAGUUUAGAUACCGAUACGUAGGAAUUUCAGCAGGUCUGAAAUUCAUGGGAACCCUGUUUUUCCUGGUUGUUUGGGUUCUCAUGCGUCAACAGAAUAAGAGAGAUUUACAGCUAAACCUGCCUGUUGGUGAUAUUAUGUCAUCUGUAAAUUCCAUAAACAAGUUAGACCUGGACCAUUCCCAACUUCGGUCCCUCCCCGGGGACAAACGAGGGUCUCGAGAGCAGAUCCAGGCCACUGUAGAGGACCAGCUAUUUCCAAACGAGUCCAGCCUGUGAUAUUUAUCAAAUCAAAUUAUAUUUAUAUCCUCACUCUUGCCAAUGAUUCACCUGUUGUUAUUUAAUUUUUCUUUUUGUUUGUUGAGUUUGUGUGAUUAUCAGUUGUAAUGUCAAGUUUUGCCAAUGUUUUCUUCCCAUGUGUCAAAUGGUAUAUAUGUAUAUAUGAAUAUAUUUAAAAAUUUGUCCAGGUUUUUAGUGUUGAUAUAAUACAACAUAUCUAUAGUGUACUCUGGUGCAUAAUAUACUGUGUUAGCUGGUGUACUAUUUGAGGAGUGGUCUGCCCAUAUUCACAAAGCAGAAAUACUGAAAUUGUGGAACACGUUUUUAAUGUUAGUUUGGGCAAGAUGUAGCUUGUCAGUUUCAAAGUUCAUAUCUACACGUGACUAAAUAAUUUGUAUGUCUUGGUUUAUGAAAUAUCUGUAUGGCUGUUAUGGUUCAGACAUUUUUCAGUUCAGUUUGAUUUAGGAAACAAAACCUCGGUUUUUUCGGUUCGUUUAUAUAUUGUGUGAUAAAAUGGAAACUCAUGAAUUAAAGAAUAAUGAGGACUUUGAAGUUAUUAGAUUUCUGAACACAAACAUCAAUUUCUAAUGCAUUUUAUUCAACAAAAUAACAAUAACAAUCCUAUUGCAUACUUAAAUUUGCACUUAAUCUAAUAUUCCCACAAGUUCUUUCCACAUGUUGCCAUGUUUCGUUUCACUUUUAUUGAUGUUAUAUGAAAUUUCAUUGGUUAGAAUAUCAUUGAUUUGAAUAUGGAACAAAUUACAGGGCAUGUAGCAAACAAGAUGAGAUAUUGUAAAACACAAACAAAACUGAACAGAAAUUGGGGAAAAUACAAACUGAAUAAUUUUUUGUUUUUAACUGCAGUUAACCAAUUUUUCUGUUAACCAUAACAGCACUAAAUAUUUGAUAAAAUUUUCAUGAUAAUUAGUUUUACAGAGUGUUGUUAUAAUAUGCAAAUGUAUAGUUACAUAUUAUAUCAGGAAAUGAUAAGAAAUUAUCUGGUUUUAUUGCAUAUUUUGUGUUUUAUAUAUAGUUUUACUAUGUUAAUGUAUUGAAUACAGGAAUUUUAGUUGAAUGUUGAUGAAGAAAUUGAAAAUUACCAACCAAAAAAAAAAGAGGGAUAGAUUUUUAGAAAUUUAUUUCAAAAUUCUUGUCAAUGUUUAUUUGUGUCUUGUAUGUGGUAUAUUUUCACAUAUACCUCAUGUAAUUGAAAGAUUUUUUAAGCAACUUCAUAUAACUAUUUUAACUGACUGCCACUGAUGAGAAGCAUAUCUGCAGACAGAUGUCCUUUUAAUUGUAAAAGAAAAGUUUUGUAGAAUAGCCCAGGGCAUAGCAUACCUCAAUUUAGCCAACAUUUAACUAAUACUCCAGAGUUUAUAUCGAGAAACAAUGCAAUAUACAUGUGUUCAUGGCGUAAUACCAAAUUGUUUAUUAUUACCUGUAGUUGUGUUCCAGAAAGUGUUCAUGUAAUAUGUAGGUUAUAGAUAUCAAUUAAUUCUUGCCAGCUUGCUUGCAGUGGAUGAAUCAAAGAAAAAAAAAUUGCCAUUACAUGUUCAGUACAAUAUAGUAUAUUUUGUGUUUGUAAAUGAGUUCCCUACUAUAUAGUUUUGUUUUGGGCAACAUGACAAGCAAUUUGAAAUCUCUCAGUUUAUCUAUCAAAAAAAAAUGGUACAAGAUCAACAUUUGAUGCACUUUUAUGAAAUGUAUGCACAAUUGUCACCCAUAUGUUUGACAAUUAAUUCAAAAAAUAUCAAUUUCAACAUCAAUCAAUAUCAGCAAAUAUUUUUGACUGUGAAGCAUUUUACAGUAAACAGUUACGCCAAGUCGCAUACUACAAACUUUAUCAAACUCCACCACUAUUUGUAGAAUGGCUGAUGAUAUAACACAUGACUGUACAUGUUCAACAAACCUUCUCAGUAGACUCAACAUGAUUUGAUGGUUCCCACCAAAACUUUCUUUAUUGUUUUAUUUUAAUAUUUUACACACUUCACCACCGGGUGGUGUAUUUUUCUUAUAAGCGCGAUAUUACUGCAAACAAAAUUAUUUUCCAACUUCACACAUACAUGUAGUCAUGUUGCUUUCCACUAUAUUUUUAAAGCAAAGUAUUGUUUGCAUGUAAUUUGAAAAGUCAUUUUAGAGUGGGAAAUAAAUUUUUUUUUAACCCUUCCCGAUAACUGUCUUUUACUUAAGGAUAUUCCAUUUAAGUUUAUCUUCAAAUAUAUGUACAUUCAAAUCUAAAUGUCCCACUAACUGACUGAAAAAAGUACAAAAUUUCAAUCUGUAACUAUAAUAGUUAUUACAAAUUGUUUAAACAGUAAUCCUUAUCUUAUUGAGCUCAUCUCAUUACUGGUGGGUUUUUUGGGGGGAGGGGGAUAGAUUUCUUUUGAUUGGAAUCACUUUUUAUUUCCAGUCAGGAUAGGAGUUCAAGUAGUCUUUUCCUCAUCAACCUGUCUACGCCCACUGAUGUCCGUGUAAAUUUACAAAAUAUAAACAAGAUCAUUCCCUUUGACCUCAAGAGGCAUGAAAAUGGGCAUUUCAUCCCUCCCCUAGGUAAACUUAAAUGGAGCAGUCCAUACAUAACCUACACUAAAAGACAAUUUAUAGAUGUAUGAUAUUGAUUCAGUAUUGACAAUCAAAGUUCCUUGUUAAUUACUUGUUAUACGCUGAUUGAAAUGCUUAAUUAUUGCAAGAAUUUAGGUUUAUACUGGCAUAAUUAUUUGUAUUGGACAAGAAAGUUGUCAUACGGUAUACUCGUAGGGAAUGGUAUAGAAUUGCUAACGGCCAAUUUUCUGAUUCCUUGUUUCUUGGUUUGAUGCUAUAUUUCAGCACUGUAUGCUUUCUGGAUCAGAGUAGUCCAUAUAUGGAUAUCAUCGUAUUUUGUAUAAUGACUUGAAUGUAUUUCAUGUUUCUGAUCAUGGCAGUAAUUUUACAAAAUCAAGUAAUUGUUGAAAUAGAAUCAUUUAGAAAAUGUUUUCUUAUGGUUUUUGUUUUCCAGCAUUGAUCAGAUGUUAUAACUGAUGAUUUGUGUUCAAAUAAAGUUCAAUCACUUUUUUCUCUUUGGUUACAAACAUAAGAAACAUGUGAACAAAGAAUAAUGUUACAUGUACUUCAUGAAAAUAAAGUUGAGUGAAAUUUC